AUGCUGUCGCGUCUAUCCCUUCUUUCAGUCUUCGCGACUUUGUUCGCUAUCACCAUCAGUCAGAAGUGUUACGGCCUCGACGGCACAGCACUUGACGAUACCUUUGCUCCAUGCAAUCCCAGCGCAAAACAUAGCGGUUGUUGCGCGACCAAGCGAACUGUUGGCUCUGCCGAUCUAUGCCUGGAUAACGGAUUGUGUAUGGCUACAAACAAUGAGUUGAUGGGAACAAUAUGGCAGAGUGGAUGUACGGAUGCCACUGGGAAGGAUGCGGCAUGUCCAAAAAUGUGUCCUGGCGCAAGUGACAACUUCGAUGGUUUGAACCCAGUCACCGCAUGGAAUAUACAGAUGUGUGAUUACGGGAAAUACUGCUGUCGCGCCAUCAACGACCGGCGGAGCUGUUGCAACAAUGCGACCGCACCACGGGCCAGCACCACCUUCAUCGGCGCGUUGAAAGUAUUGGCAACGCCCAUCUCCGUCACCAGCGAACCGACGCGCGUAGUCGGUACCGCGACCUCGACUGGCUUGCCCUUUGACGCAACCGCUGCACAAAAUGGAGAUAUUUGCCAGAAGGAGAAGCGGAAGACUGCGGUUGUUGGCGGCACAGUCGGGGGUCUGUUUGGUGCCAUCAUUGUAGCGUUGGUUGGUACCAUACUAUUGAUGUAUAGGAAAGAAAAACGACAGCGGAAGCUGAAGGAACAUUACGAGGAGCAGUUUUCACAGACCAAUGCAUACCGCAAGGCAUUGGCUUCCAGCGCAGGGUCGAUUAGAGAAAGCGUCUUCAUGGAAGAGCUCCUGGUCAAGUCAAGUGGACCAGACUGA